AUGUCAGCAGCGGAGAUCGAUGGAGACGAAAAGGAUUCAAGACAAGAAACAGACGGAUUUUCAGUGGAAGAGAAUAUAUCUGGCACAAUUGACCCAGAAUCGUCAAAUGAGCUCGAAUCUAAACCUCAGGGUUCUGUAUUGGAGGAAGAUUUGCCUACUACUUCAGGCAGGGAUCUACAGGACACCUAUUUACUAACUGAGCAUGAGAAUGUGGCAGACAAAAAUCAUCAACAAAAACAAGAAGAUGAAGAUAUCUCGGUAAUGCAAAUAGAGUUGGAUGAGAGUAUGGAUGAAUUUCAAAAAUCUGAAACCUUCAAAAUGGUAGAAGAUAGCACCUUAGAAAAAAAAGAGUCAAACUUCCAUGACGACAAGGAGAAUGAAGACCGUAGCAUAGUCGACAAGGAGAUUGUAACCGAUAAUCUUGAUGAGAGUAAGGAUGAAUUUCAAAAAUCUGAAACCUCCAAAAUCGUGGAAAACAGCACCUUAGAAAAAAAAGAUUCAAACUCCUAUAACGACCAGGAGGAUGACGAGGAGAAUGAAGACCGUAGCAUAAUCGAAGAGAUUGUAACCGAUAAUCCUGACAGGUAUUUGCAACAACAUGAUAACAACUUCGAACAAAUCGCUCAUGUAAACAAUACUAGUGAAGUGGAGGAUGCACCUUCACAUAUUGAUGGCAAGGGAAGCGAAGGGACCACAGAACACUUUGAUGACGUCGAAGGCCGGGAAAGUGGUUUUCAGGAAGGACAGGAGAAUUAUGACGACGAGGAAAACCGAUCAAUUCCAGAAGUGGUUGAACGAGAUGGACUUAAAGAUGAGGAGAAAAGGUCGGAAAUGGACAAUGUUUCAUUGCAUUCUGAAAUACACGACGAUGAAGGCGCUCUUGCGCGAGAUGAGGCAAAAGAUAGUCAUUCAAAGGAGAGGGCCACUUACGAAUCUUAUUUGGAAGACGACUUCCUUGCAAACGAUAGAGUUUCAGGCGGUUUCUAUGGUGACGAUGACUUAUCAUCGAUAUUUUCCGAUGACGGUCGCGACAUGUCAAACAUACUUCAAGAAAACAGGAUCCUGAAAGAGGCCAUGAGGCAGCUUAGGAACGAUAACCCCGAUGGAUUCACCGACACCGUCAGCGAAACUUCAGAUGAAAUUGAUGAUUUUCAUUCGUACCCGUACGGAACCGGUACCGACCAUAAAUUGCAGACCAGCAAGUGGAUGGCGGACAAAGACUUAAGCGACGCAAGGAUCAAUGAGAUGUUGCGAGAGAAGAGGGAUAACCAGGCAAAAAUACGACAGAUUGAGAGAGAAAAAGCGAUCUUUGAACGAAGAUAUAGGCAGGACAAAAUAGAAAGGGACUUCCUCGAGGAAAGAUUCAAUUUAAAGUCCUCUCAACUCGAGGACGAAAUACGGAAUUUAAAACACGAAAACCAACGGCUAAAGCGAGGAAAUACACAAGGAAAAGUUACGACUCCAAGUCUUGGAGUAAAGAGUUUUGAAAGCACAAAAGAACCGGGAAUUGCUUCCCUAAGUAAUGAUAAUAAUGGCCGCUCUCCCGGGCAAAAUGGCUAUGCUUUAGAUAUCGCCAUCUUAGCAAAAGAAAAUGAGAAAUUAAGUGAAAUAAUAGACCACCUGCAUGACGCCCCCAUGAGUGAUCCACUCAACGACUUCGUUGAGAAUUUAGACAAAUAUGUUCCCAAAGAAGAAUACGUGAGGCUAGAAAAGGAAAAACUUAAGUUAGAAACAGCAUUAAGGGAGAAAGAACGGAUGCUGAAGGAUCAGGAGAGAUUGAUGGAAGAGAUGAAAUUUGACUUAGAGGAAGAAAUGGAAAUCCUGAAAGACAACCUGAAAAAGGCAGAAAAUAAGAACAAAGAGAAAGCCAAAUUAUUGAGUCAGAAUGACAUUAAGAUGGUGGAUAUCAAAGCUAAGUUUACAGAAAAAGUAAGCAAGCUCGAGUCUAAAUUAGAACAAGAAGUUUUUAAGAAAGAAAAACUUGAGUCGGUUAUUGUCAAUCUGAAGAAGUGCAACAACAGCUUUGAAAAAGAAAUCCAUGACAUGAAUAAUCGAGUUGAAAAACUACAAAAACAAGAACUGGAGGUGGAAGCCAAGACUCGUCGAAAAAUGGAGGACUUGCAAGAACGCUUGAGAAAAGAAACAGAGGAAAAAAACAAGCUCAGUCGAAAUGUCGAAGCUCUACUACAAGACUUAAUGCAGCUGAAAAGUAAAAUGCUUGAAGAUUCGGAGAAGCACGCCAAAGAAAAAGAACUGUUAAGAGAAUCGGUUGAAACUGAGAAGGCAAGAAUAAUUGCAGGACGAGAGAACGAAAACUGGCGACUGAAGGCUGAACUGGAUGAGGAGAGGAAAAGAAAUGAACAGCUAAUUAGAAGAAUGGCAGAUAUUCCAAGAGAAACGAUCGCUUCUGUAAUGGAAAGCACGACGGAGUCGGGUAUUUUUGAGGGUGCUUUCAAUGACAUGGAACCAGAAGGUCUUUUAGAGAGCACUAUACAAGAAAAGCAGUAUAACGAGCCAGAGAGGGAUAACAUUGUUUCAGACAUGAAUGAAGGCCGCGCUAAAAGUGAAGAACGGUCAUGGAAUAGUACCACACUCACAGAAGAUAACAGCGGUGACACCAACAGACUGCAGAAGAAAGUCUUGGAAGUAACAAAAUACAACAGCAUUAUGAAGCGAAGAAAUAAAGAGAUAGAAGAAGAGAACAUCAAUUUGAAGGAAAAGAUAGAGAGGGUAGGUAGAGAUGUGACUAAGAUGAGAGAACUCGAGGAUAAAAACGAAGAGCUACAAGAAGAAAUUGCUCGAAACAUAAAGAAGCGAAGCGAAAUGCAAAAGAAACUGGACGACAUGAUUGAAGAAAUCGAUGAUAUCACCAAAAAUCUGAAUAAAGUAGAAGGGAAUAAUGCCUAUCUCAGCGACGAAGUUGAACGGCUAACAAAGAAGAUCAAAAUGAUGGAGGAAGAGUUUGCCGAUGAGAAGUCCAAAUUAACAUCAUCUAUGGAACUGGACAAGAAAAACGCAAUCGAUGAAACUGAAAGACGUCUGGAAGAGCAAAAGGCAAGAGGCAAGAAACUGGACAAUGAAAUAGAAGAUCUCCAAUGCGAUAUAAGGACUCUUAAAGACGCAAAAAGGGCAGCAGAGGAAAAAUAUGUGAACGACACGAAAGAACUCGUCGAAAGGCAUAAUUCGGAGCUAGCUAAAGAACGAGAAAGGUACCGACAACUGCAGGAUGAGUUGAAUAACAACGCUGGAGCUGUUCGUAGGGUAACUGAGGAAUGGGAACAGAUGCUCCGAAGUGCUGUGUCCAGAUACGAAGACGACCUGCAGAAGAAUGAAGAUGAACGAAGGAAAUUGGCAGAUGAGUUUCAACGCCAGAAGGAGGCCAUGAAGUCUCGAUUUGAGAAAGAAAAAGCCAAGUUGGAACAACGCAUUAUAGAAAUUGAAAGAAAUGCAAGAUCACCACCAGACGCCAUUAGUAGUUAUCAAGAUCUACAAAUAGACCUCUUCUAUGACCAAGUAUCUCAGGGAGGUUAUAAUGAGGACGAAAAUUAUGCCAUAAUUGAUAUUGCCGAGGCAAAUGACAAGAUAAAAGGUCUUCAAAACGAGAAGCAGAAACUUGAACAGAAACUAGUUCAAAUUCAUAGGCAGUACGAAAAACAAAAAACUGAUUUGGAAAAAGGACAGCGAGAGGAAACGCAGAAGCUCGAGGAGGCACUGAAAGAGGAUUUCAAAAGAAGAAUGGAAGAAAACAAGAAAUACUAUGAAGACCACUUGGACGAUAUCCGACGAAAACACGAGAAAGAGGAGGCAGAACUAGCUGAAAGAUUUAAAAAGGAGAAAGGAGAGCUGGAAGAGAAAAUAAAACAAGAUUUUUCGAAUAAUUUGUCUUCUAGGAGCACUGGUCUUGAAAACAAGAUACAAGAUCUCGUUUCUCAGAAAGUACAAGAGCAAAAAGAAAUAGCAAAGAAAACGGAAGAAAAAUACAACACGGCACUUGCACAAAUGAAAACUAGGGUAAAAGAAAUGCAGAGUGAAAGGAAUGAAAUGAAAAGAAGAUUCGAAAGAGAAAAGAAUGUAUUGGAGGCCACGAUACAGGCAUUAACGAAAGAGCUUGAAAAAGGAAAACAGGAAAAGAAGGAUCUAAAAAAGAAACAGAAGAAAGACAAAGCAGAAAUGGAGGAAGCUUUUGAAAAUGAAAAGAAAGAGAUGAGGCAGAUAUGGGAAAAGUGUAAACUUGACACAAUUAAUCAAAUCGAAGAAGAAUGGAUAGAAAAAGUGAAGAGUGAAAAUGCAAAAUCUGAAAUUUUAAGGGAAGAACUACGCGGAGAUUUUGAAGCAAGGAUGAAACAAAUGAAACUGAAGUUUAAAGCAGAAAAAGCAGAGCUUGAGAAACGGCUGGCAAACGCUACCUCUGAGGCUAACUCUCUUGCAGAAGCUAAGAAGGACAUGGAGGCCACAAUGGAAGAGGAUUAUAGGCGCAAACUGCAAAAGGAAAAAGAAAACAUUGAAAGCACACUACAAGGUCUCCGCCAAGAGAUAGCACGGCUGCAAGAGCACAGGAAACAACUACAAAGUCAAAUGUCUAACAGAGAAGGUCGCGCAAACGUUAGUGUUCCGUUACCAAUGGAAAAUAAUGCACAAGUCUUAGCGAAGUUGGACAAUGAAUACCAGGAGCAGAUAAGGAGAGAAAAGGAACAUCACGAAGGCAGAAUGAGAGAAAUGGAGGAAGAGAUCGAAAAGCUCCAUGUCGAUCUUUCCCAAAUGAAAACCAAAGCCCGCCAAGAAAAAAGCAAGGUGAAAGCAGAAUUUGAAAGGGAAAGAGAAGAGAUGGAGGAGCAGUUCGAAAAAGAGAGGAGCGAGUGGCGGACGAGGAUGAACUUUAUCGCAACGAUACAACCUGGGGGAUCACAAAGAGUAAGUAUUUCGCUCUCGCCAUACUUCAUUACAUUGCCGUAAAACAUAAUUGUAUGUUUGCUGUUAUUUCCUCAGAGAUCAGCUCACUUUGAGAGACGUUCACGCGAUCUGCGGGAGAGAGAAUUGUACCACAGCGAUAGAAAUCCUCACAGAAUGCAGCACAGUGGGGAAGCACGAAGUCAACAACAUUAUGAUGUGUUGUCUUCGACUGGUGAACUGUAGAUUAAUAUGACCUACGUGAUUGUACAUGUAGUGAUUAAUUGCUGGCCCCUACUCCAGUGGUGGCAGCUUAUGUUUGGAAACAAUUCCUUAAUUGACACAAACAGAAAUGAAUGAGAAACAAUACAAAAGGAGCAUUAUAUUCGCUUGGUUAGGCCUGUCUUUCGGUAUUACUCUGGUAAAUAUUGGAGUCAAUCUCAUUGGGUUUAAACUUUUAACUGAAGCCUUUUGCUCUACACAGGUACUCGUAAAAUAGGGUUUUUCCGUCUCAGGCGGAAACGUACUGGUAGCAUCAAGUAAUCAAUUUUAAGUGGUCAAGGAAGAUAAAAAUUGAAAAAAAAAACGAGCCGGUCAGGAGACAUAACAAAUCAUUUUCAGCUGAUUCUAAAAAGGAAACGUAAAUUAUUUGAUCCGAGAACACAAUGUUGCAAAUCCACGAACAUGUUUUUGCAUGCGAUUGCAUCUACACGUACAGUACUCUGCACGAUAUUCGUAAGCUGUUUUGAAUGAUUCUUUCGGAAUCGUUAGGUUUGAAUAGAAACAUUAUUUAAGGUCAUCAUUUCGUGGUAGAUUUACAAUUGCGAAAAGAAGUAUAUCUUAGGGUGAGUUAAUACAGUGUAUUUUGUUUUGAGGAGGAAUAAAUUCUUACUUAUCUGGUGAACUGCUGUUUUUAUCAUGUGAUUUCCUUGUUUUUGCACUUCUCUUACGUACUGUGGAAAUAAUUAACGAUGAGCUGGAAGGUCAGAGAAAGAUCAGUUUGUGCAUAUUAGUUUAUGCCUGUCAGCCUCACGUUUCUGUUCAACAUCAUUUCAAAAGUUAACAAAGUUAGGAUUACAUUUGGAAAAUAUGAUAUAACCAGUUCGAUUCCUGUUUGAAUAUUUUUUUCACCCUGGUUAUCUGUAUGUUUGGCUAUCAAAUACAUAAUAUUUGAAAGAAAUGCCAAUCGAAUCAAAGGGGGCGCACUUGUGUAAAGAGAGGCAAGAAAGUUAAUAAUCGUAAAGAAAGAAUUGGAUUAUCGAAUAACCGUUACGGCUGAUUUUACAUCUUUUAAGUGUUGAAUGCUAUAUAGACAAUACAACUACUCUCUCCUUUUGUCUUAUCGUUUCCUUUUUUAUUUACCUUAGAAGGUGCCAUCAUUUACAUUUCAAACUAGAAAUAAACUGAGAGCGAAUGACCCCCUAAGGUAAAAUUGGAAUCUUGAGAAGGAAUGUGUGCAUUUUAUUUUGUGAUGAGCUAGAUUUGGCCAGCAUUAGCAACGCUGCAGAUAUUAAUCCCUCGAUCAUUACCAUUAAGCACACAAACGAAAACAUUGACAGCUUUCUGUAAGCAAAACGCACAUCUUGGCACGGAAAAUCACUUGUAAGUUCACUUAACAAUGUCGGCACAUCUACCAAGUACGCAACAAGAAGCACUAUUUGCGGCUGAAGUCAGAUAUAUACCUUUCAUUCGUCAUGACCAAAAACGAAAUAUUAAAUUGUUCUAGAGUGAAAUCACUAUUCCGCGAAUAGCACACAAUUAUAUUAAUUUUCCCACAAAUCAUUCAGAGUCUCUGAUCAGUUUUGCCACACAACGUUCUGAGAUUCGCGUCAUUCAGUAGUCAUAAACCCGAUCCAAAGCGUUUCUUCUCGAUGACGCUGAUCAGGACUAUUCAUGGAAUAUUUGAGGUUUUGAGCGGUCCAAUAACAUUGGUCUGCAGCUUGCCACCUGCUAUUCACAGAUAUUUCCCAACUUAUCGGUCAAUAAAGGAAAUAUCAAACAGAAAAUAGAAAAGGAUGUGCCCUUCGGUUUUACAUUUUAAAAUGGCUUUACUGUUUUGAAUUGUCGUGGAAGAAUCGUUAUUAACAAAACAAGUUGGACUUGCAGCAAGACAAGUAAGUAAAGGAUAACAACAUCCUUUUUUUGCAUCCUGCUGAAGUUGCCGAUCGAUUUUUCUUCACCCGUUCUUACUGCUUAUGAUAGCUUUACAGCAUUGUUAUUAUUUUUCAAUUUUCACAUUCCUGUGAGUGAAAAGGACGUUGUCUUUUUUUUAAUUCCCCUGUACACCACGGUGGAAAAUUCAUAUUCUGUCUUACUGGACGCAUACAAAUGAUCUAGAUAAUGAAUCUUACAACUCAGGACAGACGCAUACAAAAGUGAAAGACUAAUUUUUUCGGUUAAAAGCAACUGCAUCACAAAGUUGUGCUUUUUGACGAAAAUAUUGUGAACAUGAAACAGCAAAAGAAACCGUAAAACACUGUGAAAAGUGAAUUUGUCAUAGGACUACAGAUACAUCUUAUGACACAAAAAUCUCCUCUCUUGCCGAAUCAAGUCUUCCAUAAUUUCACUCGAUCAACGUCAUUACCCUAGGAAAAUAACGAUAGAAUGACAAAUGUUCAAAUUUCCCGAUUUGAGAGUGAUUCCUAUUCCUUGUUGGAGAGUAAAAUGGCCCCAAAUAAUAAACAGACGCUGUGGUCGACUGUAACGCCAAUGCAUGAUGCGUUCUGUUUGAAACCAAUUAAACCGCACAAGCGAACCAUCAGAGACACAACACAGAUAAAUCAUCAUGAGAAGAUACUUAAAACAAUAAACGAUGUAAACACUACUAGACGAAGAAAAAACUACCAGUUCGGGCCCCUAUAACAGCUUUUCGCUAGCCAUAUCAAACCAUAUUAAGAGUAGUACUUAGUUUUGAUGUCGUUUAUCUGACAAAAGGCACAUUGCAUCAGGUUCGUUUGCUCAACUGACGUUUGUGUAAGUAACUGAUAUAUAAAAUUCCAAACCUCAGCGACGGUCUAAUGACAUCUUGAAACUAUAGAAUUGUACUCAGCUCGGUAUGAUCUUGCCCUUUCGGUAUAUCUGUUUAUGGCUCAUGGAAUAUUAUCAUUUUUAGGAGAGAAUUUAUAUUUUUCUUCCAAAGUUUAAUAUUUUCUUGAGGUUGCUGUCACUAAAAAUUUGGAGUAAAGUAAGGAGAUGAUCUCGCGCUUCCCCUAUAAACGGAUGUAAUAACAAAACUUAUACGACAGUAACAGCUGUCUCAAAGCCAUAACUUAACCCCUAGUAAUACUCCUUUUCGCUAGAGCAAGAUUACAGCCUUCACCCUACCCUCUUCCCAUAGAUGUUAUAGCCGUGCAAAGUCUGGAAAACCAUACAAAAUACUGCGGCCGUACCUGCAAUAUACAGGCGUCCAAUCAUAAUUAGCAUAAGCAGAAAACUGAAUUUAUGUCACAGAGUCGAGAAGUUCGCUCAUUAAACGUCUUCGUUACACUUCUUGCUAUUAAUGUCGAAAAAAAUUUGAAUUUUACUGGAAGAGUUAUACGGCUUUCGGAGAUCUAGCAAACCUCUUCCGUGAUUUGAUUCACACCUUAAUGAUUUCAGACCAUUCUCAGCAAAGUAGUGCUGAGCUCAAGCGACAACAGUCUCCGAAAAACAAUUAGUGGCGAGGAAAAAAUUUGUCCACUGCUAAAACAUUCUCACCUUUUCGUUUAUGAAGAUCUUCCUUGCGGUUUAUCGAUCCCUGGUGUUUACAGAUGUGUCUUUUUUACAUGAACGAUAAAAAAAAACACCAUAUGACAUCUUAAGUGCGAAGGUCUUUAUCGUGACUUCUUGUCUAAAAAAAAUCAGUAAAUAUCUACCGCUCGCUGCACAGAAAAUAUCUUCCUGGUUUAAAAAUCACAAUAUCUGUUCAUUUAUCCAAUAUGGCUGACAAUUAAAAUUCAAAUGUUCUCCAAACUUUUAUUAAAUAAUUUCAAUGACUCACAUUUUUUUAGGAAUCUGUUCAAACAUCCCUAUGGCCCCGGAAAGGUCUUAAUGUGAUCUUAAACUGAUGCUGGUGGACUCCUACCGCAACAAAAGUAUGCCAAUUUAUAUGAAAGACCUUUGCAGAUCACUAUUUCAGACUAGAACACGACCAAUUCUCAUCUUCUUUAUCCUCGUGAAUUUUAUCAUCCACGUGAGAAUAAAAAACUCAGAACUCAGCCCUAUUAUCAGUGCUCAUUUUGUUUUUAGAAUCACGCUUUGAUUGAUAAGCUGUUUAAUUGUCAUGUCAUCUUCGAUAAUUGAAAAUAGUAAUUAUUCAAUUUUUUGAAAACCUUCAGCUACAAGGCAGAAACGAUGAACGCAAAAUCGUUUCAAUUAAUCUUGGUGUGUGGACUUCGCGUAAUUUCAAAGAAUUAUGGGGAAAAAUUGAUUAAAAGUUCUAAAUUUUAACACCAAGAUGUGAAAUUAUGGGCAAAUAAACGAGAAAGCAUGUCAAAUCAGUGGCGUGGAGAGUAAAAAAGAAUAAUUGUAUCAAGACUAUGACAAAUUAUAAAAAUGUCUGUUACAAUAUUAUUUCAUGGAGCAGGUAAAACCUUAAGAGCGGGUAUCAACAUAAUUUUUCUAAUUUGGCUCUGUGUCAAAAGGGUGCUUUAAAUUACUAAUUAAUGUUUCCAUGGUAACCAAGUAGCUUCUUAACAAUGAUAUACAAACGCCGAAAUGUGAAAUAAAUUUCCAUAAGCACAGAGCGGUACAAGUAUAUGAAUAUUAAGCGGGGAUAAAACAACGUCAAAAAAACAAUAGCAUUCUCCCAAAUAUGGUAUUUUGGAGUUUGCACAGUUGACAUAAUUAUAUUUUACAGGUCUGAUUAAAAUUCUGCAUGGAACGCGACACAUUUAUCAUUGCAGUGGUACGUAGAUGCCACUGAAUAUCUAAAAUAUAUUUUCUCAUUUUUGCGUAGACGAUAUGGGGUAAAGACAAACACGAUGGAGAGUUCACAACAGAGUGUAGAAAAUUUGGAAGUUGAACUAGAAACGACAACUGGUAGCCUUGAAACACGCACGAAAGAGAAUUAUCGACACGAAAUAGAAGACAUAGUAAGAGGUUUUAUUAUUGAGAAAGACAUUUUGGCCCAGAGCCAUGAAGAGGAAAUACGUCGGAUGAAAAACAGCUUUGAUCUGGAAAGAAAACAACUUCUGCAUCAGCUGGAAUUGGACAAGGACCAAAUGAUAGAAACUUCAAGAAUAACAGAAUCCACAGCGAAUGGUGUCGCUUUCGCCGUUUCGGAUACAGUUUCUCACGACACCGGUCAAAUUCGCUCUUUUUCAGGCGCGGAGAGCUUAGCGGGCGCACAGCGGUUGGGAAGCUUUCAACCAGUUUCUAAUGGGGGCCAUGAUAUUUAUGAUGUGGAUUCCAAUUUAAUACGCGAAAUCGCAGAGGUAUAUCUACGAAUAAAUAAUGGUCCUUUGACCAGCCAGAUGCAUCCAGAACUAGACUUGGAGGAUAAAUAUGAGAGAGAAAGGGAGUCACUUGAGAGGACCUUCCACUUAGAAAAACGCGAGAUUAAGCGAAAAAUGGAGGAGGAAUAUCAACGCCGGUUAGAACAAGAAAGAAUGAAGUACGAGGCAAAUAUAGCCGAGAUGAAGACAACUGUUUCUGAGCUACAUUGGCAGAAGAGAGAAGCUGAAAACCACCUCCGUCACGAGAAGGAGAAAUGGGAAAUGAAUUCGGAAAGGGAUAAAAACGACAUCGAGAAAAAGUACUUGCAGAUGCUUCAAGAUACGCGACGAAAAUUGGACGAAAAGCAUGGUAGUGAGCUGGAGAAACAAAGAGAGAAAUACGAAGAAAACAUUUCUGACUUACAGAUGGAUAUUUCGAAGUUAACGUUACAGCUGAAGGAGCUAAACGAUAAUUUGAAUCAAGAAAAAGACAUAAUAAUGACCAAGUUCGAAAGAGAGAUAAAAGAAAUGGAGCAGGCUUUUUUAGAGCAGAGAAGCUCCUUAAAGGCUAAUUUCGAGGCAGAGUUUAUGAUGCGUCUUGAAAAUGAAACUUCACUUCUCAAAAAUAUCAACGUAAAGCUAAAGGAAGACUUGGAAAUCGUGGAAAAAGAAAGAAAAGAAAUGGAGAAGAAGGGUAAAGAAGAACGACGAAAGCUUGAAGAAAGGUUUGAAGAGGAAAUAUCGGAAAUGGAGCAGAGGUACUCUGAAGAAAAACGAGCUUUGAAACUGAAACUCGAAGAGAGAUACCAACUUGGACUUGUCAGAGAAAAGGGAGGAUUAGAGGAAACAAUUCAAGAAAUGGGCGAGGAAAUCGCGCUUCUGAAACAAGAGAAUGCGCAGAUGGAACUCACAUACGCCGAGAGGCGGGAAGAACUUCGAAGGCAGUUGGAGAUGGAGAGGGAAGACAUGAGACGAAACAUUACUAUCGAAAGGGAAGAGGUGCGCAUUCGAAUUGAAAAUGAGUUAUCGCAGAAGUUGAUGCUAGAAAAAUCGACUCAAGGCGAUAUCUUCCAACAGCACGAGAGAGAUGCACUCUUACUUAAAGCUAAGUGCGAUGAUUUUGAGCGACAGAUGUCGGCACUGACCCAGGAGCGAGAUGUGUUGAUACGAGACUGUGCAAGGCUCGAGGAAAAUCUGAGAAGCAAGGAGAUACGUCUGACGGAUAUGAACGAUGGACGGAUUUCGAACGCAGAGGGGUGGGACAGUGGCGCCAAACUGAAGGAAAUAAUCCGUGUAAAGGACAAUGAACUGGCAGCUAUAAAGUACGAGAAUCAGCAACACGAACUGAGUCUGUCAGCGAUGAGACGUGAAAAGAAUGAUCUCCAAGACGAGAUAGCCAGCUUAAAGCGGCGAUUGUCUAACUCAACGGAGCUUUUUGACGUUAAAUUCGGAAGCAAUGAAAGCGGAAUGGCAUCUUUAGAGGAGAGUUUGAGAAGAAAGGAAGGCGAGGUGAGCUCUUUGCAAAGAGAGAAGUAUGAUCUUGAGAGUCGACUAUCAUCCAUACAGCGAAAAAAUGAAGAACUAGAAGAUGAAAUUGCAACACUGAGGCGCAAAAAGUUGGACGUUGAAGAUGAAAUCUCUGCUUUGAAACGAGACAAAGCUGAAUCUGACAGUCAAAUGGGAUCACUGAAGAGAGACAAAGCAGAUCUUGAGGACCUUAUCACCAAUCUAAAGAGAAAGCAAGGGGAAGUUGAAGACACCAUGUCUAUUAUAAAAAGAGAAAAGGCAGAACUUGAACAUGAGAUCUCCAUCCUAAAACGGAAUAACACGACGAUGGAGAUUGAGGUUCACAGACAGUUCAACGAUCAACGAGAGAGAUCCCGUACUACGCAUCGCGAUCACGUCACGCAAGACAAAAUAACGCCGAGCGCUACGAGAGAGACCCUCUUCCAAUCACAAGACAGCUUUAUUUUAAAUAAUGGCGAUCACGGUUCUGAUCUUGAUAGGGACGCUGAUAAAUUGCAAACGAAAGUGUCUGACUUGCUAAGGCAACAAAAGGACUUAGAAAGCGCCAUACGAAGAUUAAGCCAAGAAAAGUCUGACCUUGAGAGGGAUUUAAGAGUACAACUCGAGUGCCGAAGAAAUGUACUACAUCAGGCCAACGAAAGCCCUUUACAAGAAGAUGGCAAAGAGGACAUUUGGGUGUUGCAGAGACAAAAAGACGACUUGGAAAGGGUGAUAACCUCCUUAAAGAAAGAACAACUUAAACUAGAAAGUGCGGUUUCUCAGUAUCACGUACAAGAGACAAGUUUGGAAGGGAAAUUGAACGAGCUAAAGGAUCACAAGGCGAAGAUGGAGCUGGAAAUCCAAGCACUGAACCACAAGAAACAAACGAUUCAAAAAACGAUUGACGUUCACCAGAGAGACAAACGAGAGGUAGAUUGGAAAAGAAAGUUACCUUCUGGGAUCCCUCGACUCAAGACUGAUAGAACUCAGGAAGACAACAACACAGAUCAACAGAUUACUGACCUGCAACAAGAAAGGGAUGACUUGAAAAUGCAACUCGUACAGCUUCAAUCAGAAAUAGUCACAAAGAAUGUUCACUUCUCUGAAGAAGCCCUGCAAACUGAAGAAAAAGAAGUUCUAGAACUAACUAAGAUUCGCAAAGAGCUGGAGAAGGAGAUAACUCUUCUGAGGAGAAACAAGGCCGAAGUGGAAGCUGACAUCAUUGUCGUGCAAGAAGCUUUUAGGCAAAGAGAGAAUGACGUCGAUUAUUUACGAAAAGAGAGAACGGAUCUGGAGCUGCAGAUCACAGCACUAGAAAGCCAAAUCACACGGCUGGGAGCUGAAUGCUCUGUGAUUAAAGAUGAGCGAGACAAAGAUGAGAACGAGGUUGAUAAGCUACGCAGAGAAAAGGCUGAAUUGGAGAGAGACGUUUUUAGUUUACAAAGCCAGCAACGGCACCUUGAGACGAAUAUUUCAGUGGGCGAUGAGGCUUGGAGGAAAAAAGCCAUAGCAACAAAUGGACUGCAAACAAAUGUCCAAGACAUCACUAACAAUCUGGAAACUUUGGCGAGGCGAAAAGAAGAUUUGCAAGCAGAAAUAAUAAAGAUCAAAGCGACAAGAGAUCAAGAGGAAAGAGAGAUGCAACAACUUCGCAGAGAAAAGUCCGAAAUUGACGUUCAGUUGUCCGUGUUAAGGGCGGAGUCUAACGAACAAGAACAAGAGUACAGGCCAGAGCAUGAAACGCAUGAUAAAGAGGGGUAUUUGGGAUCAAGGACUAACGACGUUUCUACCACACAGGUGAGAAACAUAAACGGUGCUUGUAUUUCUUGUCUACCUUUCUGUUUGUUUAAAUUUCAAUUUGUAAGGAGUGGGAUGGGAAUUUGGCGAUAUUUCAUCAAUUAUUACGGACUAUGAUGCAACGUUUUUGGAUGCUUUUGAUUCGUCAGAUCUGACAAAUCUAAAAGAACUCUCUCUCCGUUGUGCUAACAGAGACCAAACGAGUAAGCAUAACCAAGCUACGCCCCUCUGCGUAUUUUCCAAUAUUUGGCACUCGACACUCGCGAGCGGUUUGCGGCCACCCACGCAGAAGUGAAAAAGUGCUAAAUACACGUUUGAAAAAUGUGACAACGGCUCAAGCAACCUAUAUCGUGUUCUUUUUUAAAGAGUCGGGUUUUUGCUUAAGGCAAAGGUUGAUAAGCCUAUUGACCUUUUUUUAUCAUUUACAGGAAGAACUAAAAGACUGGCUGAAACAAAAACAAGAUCUGCAGUCAGAAAUUUCAAAGAUCCAAACCCUAAAAAGCAACGAAGAAGACGAUUUGCUGAAUCUUCGACAGCAGAAAUCAGACAUGGAGAUGUAUAUUUACGAUUUGGAAAUUAAAAAACAGAGUCUUGAAAUGGAUGGGCUGUAUUCAAGAUCCGAGAGACAAGAACUAAGAAACGCACCAGAUCGAACGGAAGUAGAGGUGGCUUUCACAAGCGAUCGCCAAUCAGAUAAAAGUGAGGUUGACAAUUCACAAAACUACCAUACUUCACAACAGCAUGUAUCACAUCAAACAACUCCAUUCUCAUCAUCAGAUAGUUAUCAGAUGACUUAUAAUAAUUCCGAUACCUCCAUUAAUAAUUCAUAUUUGCACAUCAAUCACCAACAACGCGGUCUUUCAUCUGAGACUCUCUCGACAAACCAAAACAGUUCUACACUCCACGAAGACUCCACCAAGGAAGACAACACCGUGGUCUCAUUGAGACGGGAGAGGAACGAGUUAGAAAGCCAAAUCUACGACAUGAGAAUACAGCUCACAAGACUGCAUGCAGAAGUGACGAGUCUGGAAAACAGAAGGACUGUUCUAGAAACGGUGCACCGGGAAUACGCUACCGUUGAUUUGGAAGUAAAGCUGACAAAAGGCCAUGCUGUUGGAGUUGACACUGAUCAGGACUGCAACGCCGCAAGAUCUAUGACCGAGGUAACGGUCAUUGUUUACUAACAAAUGAAUAAGAGUAUCAUGUUAGGGGUACACGGAUCGGCCCACAGUUGACACAGUUGAUGGUCCUCGUCUUAGCUGUAGGAUUUUCCUCCGGAUUUUCCGGAAAGGCGAACCUCCUUAACACUCCAAAUUAUACAUUUGACCAGGAACCAGUGCAUGCCUCACUCGUAAAUCCCUAUUUUGUUUUAAUGCAUUACAAAUUCACACAGUCUUUACCGGUGGUGACAAAGCUAACAAGACAAAAUCUUAACACGUUUAUAUAUUUGAACAAACUAUACUGAAUAUCCUAAGUAGUUUCAAGAUUUAAUAUUCUGAAAAUUAUGCAAUUGAAAACUUCCAAGAUCAAUCUUGCGGUUGCACACAAUUUGGGCACUUAAAUUCACGUGCACAGAAGUUUUACACGUGAUGAAUGAAAACAAGUUACUAUCCCCAUGAGCUUAAAAAAAGAGACAAAAUUUGCUCUUAAUUAAUAUAGAACUGUAAAAAAGCUGCUUAAUAAAUAGAAACCUUAGUCCUCUGAAAACAUUUGCAAUAAUUAAUUAUUUCUCUCUUUUUGAUGUUUAGGAUGAGAAAGAUAUUUUAAUUCAAGAAUAUAAGGAUCAAAUUCGACAACUACAACAGCAAAAGCUUGAAUUAGAACAGAAAGUAAGCCUACUGGAGUGGCAGCUUGAAAACAUGAAACAAAAGCUGGAGCUUCAGGAAAUAACCCACCGACGGGAAAUGAGCACUUUGAGUGAAAAGGUACACUUAGAACAAUCUUGAUUACUAAUCUUCACAUUUAGCAGGAUUCAAUAUAGUUUUUUACAUUCAAAUUCUAUGGGAAGACCUUCGUUAACUAACACCUGUUGUUGGUUCUGUUUUCAUGGAAGGCCAAUUCAAAAUCCUGGCAGAAAAAAUCUCUUAUAUGAAAGCAAACGCAAUCACAUAUUUCAGGAUUGAAAAUGGGAAAGUAUUUUAAAGUCCAUAAAAUGAUGCAAAAAUAUUCAUGUAGUCUCUAAUAGAGCUUGGCUAUGAAUAAGAAAGCAUUUGUAAUCAUUAAAUCAAUGCAAAAAUAGUCUAAUAGAGAUUGAAUUAAAAUAUGCUUUUCUAUGACACCAUAAUCAAUUUUUCCAACUUCUUACAAAUAUUAACUUUGGAUUUUAUGAUCAAAUAACAAAAAUUUGUUUUUUCAAUGCUGUACUCUCAGAGAAAUUCUUGAGUGUCUGAGGGCUAUUUUACCAAAAGUUUGAGGUCCUGACUCUUAGAAACUCUCAUAAGAGUAAAGUUAGACAAGUUGCCCAUGAAAAAAAGGUUGGUUGUCUGUGGCACCUGCUUUCUGCUAGGACCCAGCCCUGUUUUUAAUUAGCCAUCUGACACCAGUUAUAACAUAUUAUGAAUACUUUUAAGAAUGUAUAUAUAAACAUUCACCUUUAAAAAAAAUCCAUCUUGCCACAGAACCAGUCAUUUCAUGGUUUCCAAAGUGACAGACAAGAUGACACUCUCCAAGUGUUUUAUCAGAGGCUCUCCUAUUUCCUCAUGACUGGUGAACAUAGCAGUAAGGAAAUUAUGGAAGAAAUUGAAAGGCAAAUUUCAAACCUACAACAAAAGGUAUCAAAAUUUCAGCAUACACUUUCAUAGUUAAGUUACAGUUCAGAUAAUAUCAUUUAAUUAAUGAGGCUACUUAUUGAAAAAUCAGGCAUGUUACAUCUUAUGUCAAUGGUUCUAAGCUUAUUGGACCAUAAAUUCACAGAGUCCAGAAUCAAGUUAUGGACACUGCCUCACUAAGAAGCAAAAAUGAUCUUGAGAGGUGAAGAGGAUUUUUUUUGGGUUCAAAAUUCACAAGUUUUAUCAAAGAUUUGAGGGUUAAAAAGUAUGGGAUUUUUUUUUCUAAAUUUGCAUUGUAUGGAUGCUUUUAAAACUCACUACAAGCUGUAAAAAUGAUCUUGGGAGGUGCAGGGGAUUUGUUUGGGUUCAAAAAUUCAUGAGUUUUAUCAAAGCUUUCAGGGUUAGACAGUAUGGGAUUUUCUUUUUGGUUAAUUUGCAUUGUAGGGAUGCUUUAAAAGCUUACUACAGGUGGAAAGAGUUUUUUUUUUUUGGGGGGGGGGUGGGAAAUCUCUUUACACCUCUUGAUCACAGAAACACCCAAGCCCACCCCACAAUGUCAUUGUGAUAAGAUCUGGAUAAGACCACCAGCUUGUGAAAUGAUUGCUUUGAAGAGCGAACUAGAGAGGAAAAACAAGGAAAAUGUUGUAGAAACUGCAAAUAGGCAUACAUCCAUUGGAGAACAAAACACUAGCAACAUCUAAGGGUGCUUCAUGCUUUGAAAUUGUGGUAAGCUUUAGCCACAGUAUAAAGGAAGCUUCCAUAGAUUUUACUUUAUUAUGCGAAGGAAUUUGAUAUUAUUUUUGUGAGUAUCAAAGAAACAUUUCUACUGAGACUUCUCAUUCUUCCAUCCCUAAUGCUUUCCCUGCCUCCCAUUCCUAUCAAAUAAGUUAAAAUUCAAAUUGAUUCCAAGUACUCUAACAAAUAUCGAAAGUAUCAAUAACAAUAGAACUUUCAUUUGCACGAUAAGAAUGAUACAUUGUAAGAUUUCUGGUCAUAAUAUGGUGUCAAAAAUGCACAUGUAACUUCUCACCAAAGAAAAAAGCUUCUCAUUGAGGUAAAGAAGGUACAAAUCUUUCAGAAGAGAUUUCUGAAUCUAAAUUAUUCAAUAAGUGAAUAAAAUGGACCAAGGAUAUUUUCAGUCAACACACAAACAUCGGAGCAAUUCACCUUGUUAUCGUGCUAAAGAUGCUCUUCCUUCUUGCAUUCCAUUCAGCCUCCUUUCUCAUACAUAAGAUAUUUUGAGGUUUCGAGAAAAAUUCUGUCUCAGAAUAAACGAAUGGGACCGUCCUUUGCCAUAAACAUUGAAAAAAAUCCUUCACCGCUAGGUUUCUUUCGGCCGCCAUGUUGCAGCCAACGUGCAACAAAUUUCGUAAGUUCCCGGGUUGCUUACGACAGAGUGAUCCUGGUACUAAGCUCACCUCCAGUCCGUCCAGUCCGUGUCCACAAAUGUCACACAUUCCACAGGGACGUAUGUCACGCACACCUCUAUUUUGUACACGUUUAACCUUAAGUUUAUAGAUGUUUUUAUGGUACCUUUUUCCUCAGACGGCGUUUGAUUACAAAAACACUAAAGAAUUCGUGACCCCUGCCUCUGUGAAGCUGGAUAAAGAAAGAUAUUCUUCUAAAAUUGAUGGAACUGUUCCUCGGGAGUAUGCAACUCAAUUAAAGGCGCAGGUGGGAAAACAAAGAUCCAUUUAUUUACAGAUCAUAGACUACCCAUAAUCUUAUCAUGACCUUUGUUAUAAAAAAAAAUAGGAGAGUAACUGAGUAUGAGUUAUAGUUAUCGUUGUCGUGAUCGGGAUCGUUAUAGUGGUUCUAAUCGCUAUAGUUGCCUUUCUUGUAAGAAGAGCCCUUUCCAGUAAUCGACACGUUUACAUGAGGUAUUUUUAAUCUGUUUUUCUGUAGAUGGAAACAGCAGAUAAUCAGCUGAAAACAUGCGAGAAAAUAAUCCACAGAUUGUACGGUGAAAACAAUGAUCUUACACAACAAAAUCUGAAUCUGGAGGGAAAGCUCAAGUCAGCAUCACGUUCUCAAGAGAAGCUUCAGCGCAAGAAAGUCCUUCUGCAAAAACUUGUCGAUAAACUCAAUGGUCGAGUAGAAAAAGAUGCGAUGCGACAUCAAUCUUACUUAGUAUUGGAACUCGAUAAAGAUGUUUCUUUAUAAAGGAUCGGUUUAACGGUCUUAAAAUGCGUACGAGAACCAAGAGGGAAAUGUUCAUCCGCACACUUUUUACUGGUUAUGUAAUUGAAACCUUGGGAUCCUUUUUUGUUUCUGAAGAAGAAACAAAUGCUGUGCAAGUCACGUGCCCAUUGGGUUGUUCAAUGAUUUUGUAUCAUCGUAUCGGGAAAAUGUAACGUAAACUUUUUUAUAGGUUUUUUUUAAUCAAUAUUUUCGGACUGGAAAUGUUUUAUUGUACUGAUUUAGUGAGAAACCCUAUAAACGGUGGGUUUUGCACCCUAAAAAAAUGUACAAAGUACUUGGAGGACUUAUUGGCUUCGUACGGUUUCCCCUUUGAUAUUUCAUAUUUUUAGUCAUGGAAGAGGUGUAAGUAUUCAGACUAGGACAAAGCCUAUGUACAUUAUUGCACAAACAAUAAAUGGAGGCAAAACUUCGCACUUGGCCAUAUCGCGGGAAUUUGCGGGAAAAAUCCUGCGUCUCGUAAAUUUUAUUCAGGUUUUAUUCAAGGUUUUCGCAGUGUGAUCUACAAAGCGAUCUUUUGGAAAACCCCGUGGGAACGGAUUUGACUGAAAACUCGGGUUGAUGCUGAAUAACGCGCCAAAGUUUCGGUAGCUAACGAUCCUAAAAACUCUGUUUUUCUGUUGUUCAUCUCAAGAUUAAGACAUUAAUAUUCUCACAAAGCCUUGAAAUUUUAGAAUUGAAAUUGCCGUGAAACGAAACAGAAUACACUAGCUCAGGAGUGAAGACGGGCUCUAUUACUCUUAAGAUUUAUGGUUUGAAGUACAUCAAGGUUCCUAAAUUUUAAGGGACGUGCUCCCCUGAGGACCGAAUCUUGUCACUGAGGUUACCCCACUUCAUUCGCUGGUCUGUCCCCACGUCAGAGAUCUCUCGACUGAGAAUUAUUAGGCGGGAUUUUAAGCUGCAUGAAUAAAAGAUUAAAAAUUCAAACUAUUCUGGUCAUAUUUUGGCAUUGUGUACUUAUUAUUCGCCAUUGUUUGUCCUUCACUUCGUGAUGGAUAAAUUAACAAGUUUUUUAGUUACUGGGUGCCCUGUGGAGGUCACGGCAUACUUGAAUAUUUAUAACGCUCUGCAAAUUUCCAUAUUUGAUCAAACAACAACGCCUCAGAUAUCAGGCGAUUCAGCUGUUUGUUGCCUGAGUUUGAUCAAUGGAUGAAAAGAAAUGGGAAAAUCUUCCCGAUCACAUAAUAGUGGGGAUCAUGUCUUUCCUGGGACUUUCUGACAGGUUAACAGCUUCGCUCGCGUGUAAACAGUGGCGUGAAUGUUUCGGUUCUCCGGUGUUAUGGCAUACAUUCCAUUUCAAAUUCGUCGAUUCAAAAGAGUUCAAGUACGCAAAAUGCCUGGAGAACCACGGUCAUUAUCUAAGAACCGUAGAGAUUCAUUGUAAUCAAGAAGAUAAAAUCAACAGAGAAAGUGCUUGCACGCUUAUCCUUAUGUUAAGCGGUAUAAAAGAGCGAAGGCUUGAAAGGUUUACUGUCAAGUUUCUCGGAGAGAAUCCUUUAUUCUACGCAGGACAGGAAUUUAUCGAGUGUUUACGAGUUCUGUUCGACAAACCCAAUGAGGAUGUUGAAGUGCUCUCGACGUUGAAGUUAGUGGAUCUAAGCAAACUUCCGAUCGCCUAUAGCGACAAUUUAAUUAACUGCUUGGUGGAAAAUAAUCGCGACUUAGAGUCACUGAAUAUUCAAAACGCGGCCCUUGUUUGCAAAGUCACUUCCAGUUGCAUAGAAAAUGUGCUUGACAUGUGCCGGAAGAUGAAGUCCCUCGCGCUUCAUCAUACUAGCGUGACAGAGGAGAUAUUGUUGUCUCUCGCUGAAGAGAACCGGACUCCCCUCAAUCACCUCUCUAUCGACUGUAGACGAGAGGAAAAAUUUGGAAAAGACAUAACAUCAGAAACGUGGGAAGUCGUUAGGAGGAAGAUUCCUAACUUGCGUGUCACGCUAGCUUUCGACACUUCCUGUCCGAUGUACAAGGUUGAUAUGAUUUUGAAGCCCGAAGUUCCGGUGAAAAACCUUCGCCUGGAAGUCAUGUCCCAAGUCAUUGACCAAGUUUAUUUUGCUGCCAUGAACUACAGUGAAACUUUGGAGAUGUUGUCGAUUAGUACGACAAGUAGCGAGGAACUCGAAAAGGCGUUGUUGUAUCUUGUCACGAGGUGUGAUGGACUAAGAGAGCUAUUUGUGUUCCAGUGUUACAUUUCGCACGACACGAAACAAAAGAUUCUGGAACUUCGUCCUCAAUUGCAAAAAUGCUAUAUCAAGACUAAGCAGCUGCCAACGAAUUGA